AUGAGUUUUAAUAUAAGCAAUAGACUUAGACCUUAGACUGCUUAUUUAAUGUCAUAAUAAGAUGUAUUCUUUAAUUUUAGUAAAUUGUAAGUUAAGGUCUGGUAAAUAUACAUAGAAUGAUUAAUAAGUCAUAAACAAAUUGUUAGAUAAAAACUCGAAUUAUUUUGAACAUAUUAAAGGUAUAUCUAAUUUAAUAAUUAAUAAGAUUAAUGUGUUUGUGGAUUGUGUAUUUGCGGAGGAUGUAAAUGUGGAUUAGAAAGAUUAAAAGAAUAAUAAGGAAUGCCUAUGAAAUCAUAGUAUUAAUAAGAGUAUUUUGAAAAGUAGCCAUAAAGAAUGAAAUCAAUAUCAUAAUUACCAUCAUAUAAAGAUGAUUAUACAAUGAAAUUUGAAACUACUUAAAGAGUAAUUUAAAACAGUUAUUUUUAGCUUGAUUUUAAAGAUCCAAAAUAAAGACCAUAAACAUCAUAUAAACCUGAAUAACCUAGAUUUAUAUAGCCAUUUCAUGCAGGUUCUACUUACUAAUUGACUCAUAUAUAAAUGCCUGAGAGUAAAGGAGACUAUAUAUUUUAGAUGAGAGAGUCAAUAUCAUUCCUUAAAAUCAUCCAACUGUUAUGAAAGAUCUUAAAUUUUUAGGAUCAAGUGAAUAUAAAAGAAAUUUUAGUGGAACCCCAAUUACUAGAUAAAAGAAUCUUAUAUUUGGAGCUCAUAGUAGUUUUGGGUAAUUAAAAUAUUAAUAAUAUUUAGAAAUCCAAUAAAUCCAGGAUUGCCAUUUUUUGGAUAAACUACAUCAUCUAGAGCAUUUAAACCAUUUAAAGCAAAGAAAACAAGACCUACAAAAACGAAUACAUAAGUUUAAAGUGUACCAACAUUUGAUGGUUAAUUUUCAACAAUAACAAAAUUGGAUUUCGGGGAUAAAUCAUUAUAGAUUUGUCCAGCAAAAGCGAUUCUUAAUUCUAAAAAACAUUCUAAUCAUUCUGGGUUUUGA